UCUAAUUCAUAAUUUAAUAUGUAUGUUUACGAAGUGCAUUGACAAGUUCAUCAAAUAAGUUCGAUAUUGAUCGAUUUUUGGAUAUUGUGCAGUUCUUAUUGGCCUUUAAAAUGCCUGAUUUCAAUAAAUUAUGUCGUGCUUGUCUCACAACUAUGGAUUCCUUUAAAUAUAAGUUUAACGAUAAUGUAUCAACUGAUGAUUAUUUGUUCUGUACUGCAAUAAAGAUAGAUCAAAAUGAGGAAUUCCCCAAGACACUAUGUAAUUCUUGUUACGAUUUACUAACAAAGUUCACUGAAUUUAAAAGGACCUGCAUAAAGUCUCAAAGAAUUUUAUUAACAUUUCGGCCCAUAAAGGAAGAAGUAGUAGUUAAAAGUAAAAUAGAAAAAGUUGAACAAAAAACUAAUGAAUGUCAUGAUGACAUGGAUGACUGGACAUUGGAUGAUGGCUCAGUGGACAAUGACUCCUUACAGAUACAUUUUAACGAAAAUGAGUGCAGCAAUGACUUAAUCAUAAAAGAGGAGGAAGAGGAACCAGAGGGCAAAAAUGACAAUGCAUUUGCUGAUGCUGUAAAGAAUACAAUUGAUUACAACAGUGUUGAAAUUCCAAAGCAAAGAAAAAAAUUCACAUGCAAAUUGUGUAAUAAAGAAUUCUAUCACCGCAACUUGUUUGAUCUCCAUAAGUCAGCACACUCACGCACAUUGACACUAAAGUGUACUCAGUGCACGAAAACAUUUGUUACAUGGAGUGGUCUGAGACGGCACCAUACAAACUGGCACUCACUCGUCAGUCUAAGGAGCGUCACUUGUCGCACAUGCGGAAAAAUUACGACGAGCCGCGAGACCCUGUUGGCACAUAAGAAAUUACAUAAGAAACGGAAGCUAUUUAUUUGCAAUGUGUGUGGCAAAAGCUACACAUCUAGCAAUAAUUUGCAUGCUCACUUAGAAACCCACAAAGAGAAUAGGGAGCGCCAAUACACUUGUGAACACUGCGGCAAGAAGUUUUACACAAAGAAAUGUAUACUUUCUCACUUGUCCCGUUGCCACACUGGACGUAAAUUCAUUUGCCAGAUUUGUAGUUAUCCUUUUACUGACAAGUAUAAUUUAUCAAAACAUUUACAAUCACACGAAGGAAGGAAAUUUUAUAAAUGUAAAAUAUGCGAUAAGUCAUUUGCGACUCGUCAAAUAUCUGUUGAACAUCAGAGGAUACAUUCGGGUGAGCGUCCAUUUUCCUGCACCUAUUGUACUAAGACUUUUAUUUCAAAGAAACGGUUAACUGAACACCUUCGAACACACACUGGCGAAAAACCACAUAAAUGCUUUGUAUGUGAGCACAGCUUCACACAAAGAGGGACUUUAACACGCCAUAUGAAAAUUCAUACCAAAUCAUUGCUUAAUUGAACUAUUAAACUAUAUUCAAUAAAAGUCAUUGUCAAUUAAUAUUAUAAUUUAUCGUAUUUUAUUUUGAAGCAUAUUAUCUAUCAUAAUUUCGGAAGAUUUUUUACAUUGAUUAAAAUACAGUAUACAUCU